CGUUUCCGGGAUGUCUGCACUAAGUAAAUGUGUCAUGUGACUUUCAUCACCACGUGACAAAAAUCUAGGCAUAAUUUGGACAAAAUGGCGGCGGAACAGCUUCGUCUUAAAUCGGUUCCCCAGCUCCGUGAUUUUUUGAAAGAAAGAGGUAUUCAAACAUCAAUUUAUCGAAAACAACAACUACUAAGAUUGGCACAAGCUGCAACCGCAAUGGAAAUUGAGCCGGAAGAAUGCGCCAUUGAAAAUAAACGCUACCACGAUCAGCAAAGGAGAACGGUGGAGGUCCGUACCGAUGAAAAUAUUACGACUUUUAUUUUACCUGACGUUAGUGGACUUUCUGAUUGGAAUGUUGAUUUACAAACUAUGCCAAAAAUUGAAAUGGGUGAUGUAAUGGUGUAUUUGAUGACUUACUGUGACUGGAGUGCAAACAGACUGAAGUCUUACAAGGAUGAUAACUCUUUCAAACUGUAUCAAACCAACCACAUUGACAAAGUUGCGAUGGCCACUGUUGCACAUGGAUACAUGUAUGUUAAGAGUACCUGCGUGCCAGAGACAAGGCAAUCAGAGAAGCCUUACGAGACAUGGAUACUCUUACAUAAAAAUGGUUCUGUGAAAUCUGGUGGCUGUACUUGUGUGGCAGAUGAUGGAAGUUGCAAGCACUGUGUAGCAUUGUUGUUUGCAUUGCAUGACUUCAGUGAAAGGCACCAAGACAGAGGCACUAAAGUAUGCACUGACACUCCAUGCAAAUGGGAUCGACCGAGGCAGGCAUCUAACCCUGUUACAACACAAAAUAUCGACUUUGGUAAGAAAGAUAUCCGUGAUAGUUAUCAGCCUUUUUCUGAUAAUGCUAUUGAUUUGCAUCUAAAGCCUUACAGAGACAAUUUAAUGAAAUCUUUGUACAAAGUCUGCAAGAAACAUGGUUCAGUAUUAACUUACACCAUGGAGCCUCCGUAUGAUUAAAGUGAU